CACAUUGUUGACGUGCGUGAACAGGUCGGGUGGGAAAAUGCCAUGGCGGCCGUGGGGCCCGAAAGCAAUCGUAGCGGCGCACCGUUUCUAGGCGGUCUAGGGCCCACACACGCCGACAUGCGCGACCACAACAGCCCGAUGGAUCCCAACGACUCCCCCACCGAGUCGAUCGAGCCCGAGGAAACGAUAGAAAGGCCACCAGACUGGGUGGAGGAACGCUUCCGAGUCGACCGCCGUAAGCUUGAAGCGAUGUUGCAAGAUUAUGGAUGAGACGAACACACAUAUCACAUGGCCUUCCAAGUUGAAAAUAGGAGCGAAAUCCAAGAAAGAUCCACAUAUCAAGGUGGCAGGCAGAGAGGAAGACGUUAGAGCAGCCAAGACCAAGAUUAUGGCUGUUUUAGAUACAAAAAGUAACAGAGUGACCUUGAAAAUGGAUGUCUCUCACACGGAACACUCCCAUGUCAUCGGGAAGGGCGGCAAUAACAUCAAGAAGGUCAUGCAGGAAACAGGGUGCCACAUCCACUUCCCUGACUCCAACAGGUCUUCUCUGGGAGAAAAAAGUAAUCAGGUUUCCAUUGCAGGGUUGGUUCUCGGUGUGGAAAGUGCAAGAGCACAGAUUAGGGAAUUGUUACCACUAGUCUUCAUGUUCGAAUUGCCAAUCACGGGCGCAUUACAGCCAGUGCCAGAUGUCUCGUCGCCCCAGAUACAGCAGAUACAGCAAACGUACAACGUCACGGUGGCCUUCAAGCAGAGACCCAGGAUGUACGUUACCACGUGCGUGGUCCGCGGCACGGUCAACAAUGCGCCGUCAGUCAAGGAAGCCACGGCCAGGCUCAUAGAUCACUUGACUGGGAACAUGGGGCAAAUCACGAUACCCGUCAGCACGCAGCUGGACAUCGCGACGCAGCACCACUUGUUCAUGAUUGGUCGCGGCGGGGUGCAGAUCAAGCAGAUCAUGCAGCGGACCGGCGCGAGCAUCCACUUCCCCGACCCCAACAACCCCCAGAAGAAGAGCAUGGUGUUUGUGUCGGGAGGGAUCGAGUCGGUGUAUCUGGCACGGCAGCAGCUGAUUGGCUGCCUUCCUCUGGUGCUAAUGUUUGACAUGAAGGAAGAUGUGGAGGUCGACACUUCCAAGAUGGCCAGACUAAUGGAAGAACUCGACGUCUUCAUAAGUAUCAAACCUAAACCCAAGCAACCAAGCAAGUCUGUUAUCGUGAAGAGUGUGGAACGGAACGCUCCCAACAUGUACCGGGCGCGGUGUCGCUUGCUUGGGUUAGAGGAGAGCGAGAACAUCCCGCCGAGCACGUCCCCGCAACUUCCCACCAUCAACAUCAGCUCCGACGUGAAGACGUCCUGUGCAACCAUGAACGGCUUCACCAGUGGAAGCUUAGGUCUGAACUCACUAGUGCCCCCUAGCAGUGCCAGUAGUCCGGGCUGCAGCCCCCGGCGGAGUCCAGUGGACCAGUUCAAACAGAACGGCAGGAGGGCCAGUUCACCCGGCCUGCCUGGAGAUGUGGAGGUUCGUAUGCUGAAAUCCGGUAACAGUUUUGUGGAUGUGGUGAUCAACCACAGCCCAUCGUCGAGCGGGAAUUCCACGGACCUGAACAUGCUGAGGAAACUUGCCUCGCUCAACAAACAGACUGUGGAGCUGGUGUCGGGGGUUAGGAACGCUGAGCUACAUAUGGCAGACAGAAGAUCAUCAGAGUCUGGGGAGUCUGACUGUUCAGACAAGAGAGCUCCAGGCUGUGAGAGGGAGAGAGAGAGGGAGCUGGAAAGGGAGAGGGAAAAAUUCUUGAGGUCGUCUCAAAAUCUGUCCUUUACCAGCCCAUAUGAACUGACGGCAUUUGACUAUGAGAGAAAGAAGCUACAAGCCACCAAAGCUAUGCAAAAGAAACCUCAGGUGACACAGGUGCGCACACCCACCGACACGUGGAGUGGCUUUGGCUUCUCCAAGUCGAUGCCCAGCUGUGUGGCUCAGGAGGCUUUUGGGUCUGCUCGACCCUCGUACAAUGCCCCAACACUACCUGCUACCUACGAGUCAACCAGUGGUCCCCCCAGUCCCACAGAACCCUCCACACCAACUGUCAGUCCCUGGGGUGAGAGAAACGGAUCCUCCUUAACCCAACAAGAAGACUUCCCAUCAGAAAACAGAAGAAAGCCUCCACACAAAUACGAUUUCUCUCUGAGCGCGAGUAACUACAUAGACAGUGUGUCGCUUCCCUCCAAAACCAAGUGGGGCUGUGACAACGACCUUAAGGCCACUGACCUCCCCGACCUCUUCAUGAAACUAGGCCUGGGCAAGUACUCCGAUGUGUUCCAGCAACAGGAGAUCGACAUUCAGACAUUCAUGACCUUGACCGACCAGGACCUUAAGGAACUUGGUAUCACCACGUUUGGUGCACGACGUAAGAUGCUUCUAGCCAUAUCAGAUCUCAACAAACCCCGACGAAAGUCGCUCUUCACCCCCUUCCCCAACGCCUUUGACGGUGACCUGAGCGGCAGAUCCUCCCUGCAGCACAACCCUGACCUUUCCAGCGCCCUGCCCUGGUGACCUCCGACCUGCAACCCCCCCAAACUUUGGUAACUUCAGACCUUCGACCCUACCAACCUUUUGACUACACCGAACAUGCGAACACAGAGGAAAUCAAUGUUGGCUCAUUUUUGAUGAUUUCUGUUUUGAUUUGUGGAUAUGACAGCACAGGAGGUAGAAGCCACAUGAUUGGUGAGAUAAAGUAAUGUGACACACAGGAAAAUCCUGUGAUAGGUGAGACAGAGUCAUGUGACCUGUGAGUACUGGCCACUGGCUGUUGCUGAGUGUAAUUGUGGCGUGCUAACAGUAGGCCUUCCUGUAAGGAAAAAACCCAUAUGAAUUAUGUGGCCUUAUCUCAAACGUGUGGAUCAAAAGUGACAAAAUAUUCUUCACCAUAUCACCCCCAAACUCCCACCAGAACAUUCCAAUCAAGAUAUCAGGGGGAGAACGAUUCACUUUUGACCAAGUGCCCUUUUGAACGGCCUCACAACCAAACUUAUAAUAAGUGCCACAGUUACUUUAACCGCCCUUCUGUAUGAAAUGGGAUGUGGCCAAAGUCAGCAUGAACCUCUAUCCCAAAAUGUACUUAAUGAUGUUCACAUAUACCACCCCUGUGAUGGGAGUAGAAUGUUCCAAGCUUGCCUAGCACCAACUGCAAGGCACAAGAAAUGUGGAAAGAACCAUUAGACUUUCGGGGUGCUCUGUUGUACAGACCAGUUUCCAAGUGACAGGAGAUAAACUCAACAUGGUAGAGCAUUCCACCACUUCACCAACUACAUGUACUGUGUCUUCUGCCAUGUCAGUGACAAACAAAUGACAAAAAUCUUGUUGGCUAAGUGUGGUAGCAGGAUUAGACUAAAGUUUUCUCAAAUUGUAGCCCUUAUUUCUGACGUAGUUGUCACAUGAUGUUAGUGAUGUGAUGAUGUACUUGAUGUAGUGCCUUCUUAAGGUGAUUAGAGCAAUAAGUAUGGACAGCAACAUUCCACUGUCAAGAAGCACAACGUGUAGGGGUUUAUAGGUAGUCCCCAAGCAGAGUUUUCUGUAUGGGGAAGGUAGUGGCUGCAAUUUCUUACCGCUGCCUCCCUUCAUCUCUGAUACAAAACACACAAAAUUGAUGUUGGUGACCCUUUCCUGCAUACCAUGAAAUUGUCAUUCGGCAAACCAUUUUAUUGCACAGGAUUGCAUGCAUCCUUCACAGUGGGGCAGUGUUCAUUCAACUGCAAUGGCAGUAGCGGCCUCCGUCACUGCCUCUCCGCCAGUGUCAUAGUGAAGGGAGACAGCCAUAAGAAAUCCCGGCCACUACUGUCCCUCUGACUGAAACCUCUGUUUGGAGAAGUUCAUAGGUACAAACGUAGGCCUAUGUGUAUCCCAAGCAUUAUCUUGCCUAUAUAUAUACACAUACAGUAAUACUAUAUAUAUAUGAAUAUAUAUGCUAUCAAAUAAAUACACCAAGGUUAGAACAAGUGGGCAGAGCCUGAUGUUGAGCUGUUGUGUUCCAAGAAUGCUUUAUACAAUAUCUGUGCUUUGAAAGCUUUAGAGUAGAGGGCACAAGGAACAAGUUCAGUUGUGUAAGAGCAAGGAUGCUGCAGGUGAUCUGCCUGUCAAAAUGGCUUAAAGGUCUUUCUGGCUAAAAGAGUUAUUAGAGAAGCAUUGCUCUUAUGUCUUGAAAUGAAACAACUAGAAAACACAAAGUCAACAAUCAACACCCCAGUCUCGAGUGAUCUGCUGCACUGUACAGGGAAAACUGGUAGAUUCUUGACAUAAGUCAACUAACUGAAAAACAUCAUUGUUAUCUGAGAAAGGUAUUGUAAGAAUCACUUUAAACUAGAAAUGUAGAAGUAGUUGUAUUUUUGAGAAAACUUAAGUCUGUUGCUACAGUUAUCAGGAAGCUAUUUUGUGAUGUUUCUUAGUGAGACAAAAAGUAUUUCUUUGUUUGAUAUGUAACAAAAAUACUAGGCAGUGCCUAGAAAAUGGACUUGGAAUAAAAGUUGUUCCAGAAAAUUGUACCGUUACUUUUCUGAAGUCUCCUAUCAUAUUUAGGAGAGAUUUCUGGUUUCCAAACAAAUUUGAACGAUUUGUUUCCAAGACUUGGAAAACCCGACUUUGGGGCCAAAAUCAUGUCACUGUGCCUUAUGAAUAGCUAUGUAAACGAAACUUGUUUACGGAAACCAGAAAAUCAUUUUCUGUGUUUUUACAUUUUACAAGAUGGCUUCCCUGAGAAUGUAAGAGCCUACUCUACAGAUUUGCUACUUCAGUUUUAUACCUGGCAUGAUUAUUGUACUCAUGGUGUUCCACGUAAAUCUGAGCCUACUCUAACACAAGUGCCAAUCAUGGGCAGGUUGGUUGUUCAUUUCACAUAUAGACAACUCCCUAUCCUGGAAACUAAGUGUACUUUUCUACCGUUGAUUAACCUCGCUGUAUCUUAAUCAUCAGAAGAGUUGACAAGUCUGCUGAAUGUCUCUUGUUUUUUUGGUUAUCACUACCCAGGUGGGAGAAAGAAGCACACCCUUACGUAAAUAUGUAUGUAAGUGUGAAGACAGAACACUAAAGUGAAGAAUGUGGUGAACACAAAGUGUACAAAAAAGGCAAUCUGUGUAUAGAGUUGAAGGUAUUUUUUAGAGAAGCACAGCACUUACUACCUGAUAUGGUACUUAGUUGCAAGUUGAAAAGACUCCAGUUCUUGAAGACUCCAGUUCUUGCGAUGUAAGUUAUUUUUGGUUGCUUUGCACCCAUAAAAUGCUUUUAUAGGGUGUGAAAUGUGGCUUGUUUGUUAUUGUGACCAUUGGCUGUUAGAUAUUGCCUUUGCUGUUGUUUUAGUUGAAUGAUUUAAAGGUAUAAAUAGACCUGUAGACCACUGAAUGUGAGCCAUAGUGUUAUGUCUUAUGUAUGGACACGAAGACAAAGGUAGCGUCCAUACAUUUGGAUCACUGUUCAAAAAGAAGAAUGAUACAAAAGAUUCAGUAUAUAUUUAAUAUUAGGGACAUGUUGUUUUUGUUUCAAUGCUGUAUUAUUGAUCAACAAACUCCUUUGUGUUUUAAGGCUUUUACAGGCCUGUUUGUAACAAAUUUGUUACGAUAUUCUUAUGUUGGACUUGUGCCAGGUUGGUGGUAAAGAGUCAUAAAAAUCUACAUAACUUGGUAACAUUAUAUGUAUUCAUAAAAAUAUAUGGCAACAAUCAAGAGAACAUAUAAGAGCUAUUUUUGUUUGCAUGUUGAAAAGCUGCCUUGCAGAGAAGUGGUUAGAAAUUAUGGUAAUAAAAUCAAAUUUUAUCAGAGGACAGAUCUUAAUGCAGACAGUGGAAUAUAGCAAACUUUUAAUCAAUGAUUUUAUUUUCAUUCCUUGAUAUCCUAGAAAUGUCAAAUGUUUCUGUGUUUGGAGGAUACUAAGUUUGGCACAGAUGUCAUAUUUGUUUUCCAGAGAUGCAUAACUUAACAGUACUCAAAGUCUGCCACUUGACUAGAUGUAAUGUAGGGUGCACGUUAUAGGCGUAUUUGUGUACAGAUCAGUGCGUUUUGAAAUAUGUUUGAAUUUUGUUUAGUGACAUCAUGUUUUGUUGAUGAAGUCAUGAAAGUUUAAAGAUUUCAAGCAAGGUGAAUUCUGUCACGAUUGCUUCCAAGUUGUAGUAACAAUGAAGAUAAAUUUCUUUAAUCUAAUUUUUACAUGAAAUAUUUUCAUAAUGUCUUUUCAAGGAAGGGUCAAGCUUGUGAUACAGAUAAGCUGACUAUGUCUCAAACAUUGUUAUUAAUUAUAUAUUCCUUUUUGUUAUUUGCUUGUGCACUUUAUGUGAGCAUACAUGUAGAAUUCGGAGGGGCUUUUUGAAUAACCUCCGUGGAGCAGUGCAUACUUGUAGAUCUCCAUGGAAGGAAGGAAUUCCGCCUCCAUUGGGGAUUCUGGCAGAAACAGACGUCAUAGCUAGAAUUGUUGCUUCCAUUCUUUUUGGCUGGCCCGAAUCUUCAGAGCUUUGAUAUCUGUAAAGGAUCCAAUGUGAGCUUUGGCUGUCAUUUAUUUCAAUGUUUAAAUACCCAAGGUUAAGCCUAAAUGUUAUUGUCUGCCUUUCAUUAAACAUAUUGCAGUCUA